AUGAUGUUCUGCAGGGGCUUUUUUCCAAGGCUCCGACAUGUCGGAAGGCUGGUCAGUUUCGAAAGCUUGUCAGGACAGAUCACCCGUAGAUGCAAGCCUCUUGCACAAGGCCAGUCGCAUCCACGAUGGACGAGUGCAUGCGUGAGGGACCUGCAGUGUGACGGGCGGGAUGGCAAGGAGAUCUGCUCCUCAACCCUGGAACUGCCCCCACGAAAGGGGCAAAGCAAAGAAGCUUUCAAAAGGGCAGCGCUUCAGAGGUUGAGGGACUAUGCGGCCAGCAAGGGCGGUCGAUGCGUGUCAACGGAGUACACGAACAGCACGACAAAAGUCCAGUGGGAGUGCAAACGUGGGCACAGGUGGAAGGCCGAGCCGCGCAGUGUUCUGAAUAUGGUCAGCUGGUGUCCUCGCUGCGCCAUUGGCAAGCGAAGCCUCAGCUUGCACCAGCUACAGGAGCAUGCGAGGAACAGAGGUGGCAGGUGCUUGUCCGAGGAGUACACGAAUGCUCUUGCUAAGAUGCGCUGGCAGUGCAAGCUGGGACACACCUGGGAGGCCACGACGAACAUGGUUCUGAACCGAGGGACCUGGUGCCCCGAGUGCGCCCGCGCAACGACAUCAAAGUCCAAGCGAACCUUGAUAGACUUGCAGGAGCAUGCCGCUGCCCGUGGUGGCAAGUGCUUAGCUGCCGAAUAUGGUGGCAUAUUGGCGAAAGUUCCGUGGCAGUGCGAGAAAGGCCACAUAUGGACUGCGAGUGCAAGCAACGUGUUGAACCUCAAGACUUGGUGCCCGAUUUGCGCGAAGCGCGCCCCGCUGGGAUUGGAGCGACUUCGGAGCCACGCUGCCCGCCUUGGUGGGCAGUGCCUGGCCGACGACUACAAGAAUGCUCGCACCAAGGUGCAAUGGAAGUGCGGUUUCGGCCAUGUAUGGCGAGCAACUGCGAAUAAUGUCAUGAACUCGGGCACCUGGUGCCCCGAGUGCCAGAAGAUCGGCCUGGCGCGUCUUCAGGAACGCGCCGCGUCAUUGGGCGGGAGGUGCCUGUCCAAGUCGUAUAGCAACCGCACUGGCAAGCUUCUAUGGGAAUGCCAGCUCGGCCACAAGUGGAAGGCCAAUGCCAUAAAUAUCCUUCAUAACAAGACCUGGUGCCCGCAAUGUGCAGCCAGCUCUUGGAAGACAGAAGCUGAGGUCCGAAGCAUUCUGGAAGCCAUCUUCGAUCCUGCGAGGUUUGAGUCGUCCUACCCCGAGUUUCUGGGAGGGUUGCAGUUGGACGGCUACUGUUCUGAGCUAUCCUUGGCUUUCGAGUACCAGGGGGAGCAGCAUUUCGAUGCUGACAACUAUUUUCAUUUCGGCGACCCUUCCAGCUUUCAGAGUCAACUGGAGCGGGAUGCCAGGAAGCGCCAGCUUUGCGACGAGGCCGGCGUGCGGCUGGUGCUGAUUCCGUAUUUCGCCAAAGACAAGCGCCUUUUUGUGCUCACGGCUCUACUUCAAUGGUUCUCCAUCGCUCAGAUCACGGCCCCGAUGUUGCCGCAUCACAGCAUUGAAGAGCUCGCUUGUGAGACUAUCGGCUUGCCUUCGUCGCGUCCAGUGUCGUGA